ACUACGGUUCUUUUCCUAUCCAUAUUCAAUGAUGUUAAUGCUCUUCAAUUGGUUUCUCUUUUCAGUCCCUCUCUCGUGUUUGGCGUUCAUUCCUGACAACACAGAAAAACUUACGUCUGUGAUCGGUGAAUUGACAGAGAGAAUUGCCGAUUUGGAGGUGAGAUUGUCUACACAAGAACAUAUUAACAUAAAUCUGGAGUCACGGCUAAAAGUGCAGGAGAAAAAGAAUCGAGAACACGAAGACCUCAUUAAUGCAUUAUCUGCUCGAACGUGCACAACCUCAAAACAGUCUGCUUUCAAAAGACAACAAGACGAAAUGCUGCACAAAAACAGUUUUAACAGUAAGUCAAGUUUCGACAGGAAAAACACUGAAUCUUCCGUUGCAAUAACUUCUAAAAGGUCAACAGUUUCCAAAAAGAGUGUAAACGAGCAAGUUAUUAAACGUCGACAUGGCAUACAUGAUGCAAACAGCUUAAUUAAAGAUGUUCAAAACAUUGACCGCGAUAGAGUCGCUUUCUAUUCGUACCUUUCAAACACUGACAUGCACCCCAAACCAAACCAGACGAUAGUCUUCGAUCACGUGGUCACAAACACUGGCGGGAAAUUCAAUUCCAAAACUGGAGUCUUCACCUGUCCUACACAAGGUGUUUAUGCAUUCUCGUGGACAGUGUACUGCAGUAAUGGCGGCUAUUUGAUUUCCGAACUGGUGGUCAAUUCACGGAGUGUAGGAGAUAUGCUCUGUAGCGGACAAGGGGACGACAAUAUCCGCCAUACUUCAAGUGUAGCCGUGGUGGAACUUAAUGAGGGUGACAGGGUGUAUGUACGCACCCAUCCCAUAGCCGUGUUGAACGGUGUUCUAUGGAGCGGCCCUACUUACCUUUCUUCUUUCAGUGGCUGGACUAUCUUCUAGUGUACGUUUAAAGAAUAAAUAAUCUAAGGUGUAGUUGACGAUAUAUGCUAGUUAAUUGGAUAUGUAUUUAUAACUUGUUUCUUUUUAUAUCAAGAGGCGUGGGAAUGUGGGUUAACAAUUAAUUGAUUCAAUAUGUGUGAAAUCCAAGU